UUAAAAAGCUUUGUCGGGAUUUAAGGGUUCAUUCAUCAUUGCGAAGAACAAAAGAAAUUCCCUUGGAAAUAAAGGUCCUUUGUACUCUGAGCUUCUUAGCUACAGGGUCGUAUCAAAGGAUCGUGGGUGCCACUCAACAUUUACCCCAAAGAACAGUGAGUCGGUGUAUCCGACAAGUUCUAGAGGCACUCAACAGUAAUUAUAUGUUGAGAUACAUUGACCUUCCCCAAACAAUACAAGAAAGGUCGAGCAUAAGACAAGAGUUCCAGAGAAGAUUUAAUUUACCUGGUGUUAUAGGCUGUAUAGACUGCACCCAUGUAGCAAUUGUCAAACCGGACCAUGAUGAACAUUUGUUUUUUAACAGGAAAGGGUACCACUCUUUGAAUGUACAAAUGAUUUGUGACCAUAAUUUAAAAAAUUUAAAUGUAAAUUCAAAAUAUGGUGGAGCCACGCAUGAUUCCUUUAUAUGGGCAUCUAGUCAAGUUGAACCAUACAUGCGUGAACUUCAUCGACAUGGUGAACAAACAUGGUUACUAGGUGAUUCUGGAUAUCCUCAGAGACCAUGGUUAAUGACACCAAUUUUAAAUGCUGCACCAAGUUCUCGGGAAGAAAUGUAUAGCACCCGUCACAUACAAGCAAGAAAUUGCAUUGAACGAUGUUUUGGGCUACUUAAAGCACGUUGGAGAUGCUUGCUGAAACAUAGAACUCUUCAUUACCAUCCUCAUGUUGCCAGCAAAAUUGUACUAGCAUGUUGUGUAUUGCAUAACAUUGCAUUGUAAGCUCAUCUACCACCACCAGUUGACGUAGUAGCUGAACCACAUGAUGGUGGUGAUGAUGAAGCUCCUGUUGGUUUAUCUGCUGCCAGCAGUCAAGACGAGCUCAUGAAUGGAAGAGCAAUACUUAAUUGCUUAAUAAAUAGAUUGUAAGAUAUACUUGUACUUUGUUUUUUAAUUUAAUUUAUUAUAUAAUAUAUAACUAA